AUGUCCGACGACCACAAGAGCUACCACCCUCUGCGGAGAGAUUCAACAGAAAACGAGCAUGAUGGGCCAUUGAGAGAAUUCAAAAACCCAAGUACCCAGAGACCAGUUAUCCUGAUACUAUCAGCGAUUAUCGCAGGGUUGGUUUUUCUGAACGCAGCUCUCAGCUUCUACCUAUACAAACAUACUAGAUCAUCAAAUUCAAAUUGCGACCGUGGUUCUUAUUAUGCUGGCCUAGAAAGAAAUGUCCCCAUACAAAUAUACCAAUCUACCGAGUUCGUCGCCGAAAAUGCGAGCGAUGUUGCGCAUCUUUGGGAGGAAUUAAGCGGAGAUCCAGGGGUCGUCGCUCUGCCGCAGAAAUAUGUGUCUGAGAAAGGCCUUCCACAUGCUAUGCGAUUCCCAUGGGACGACGAUAAAGGAGUGUAUCUGCUGCAGGGAUAUCAUAACCUGCACUGUCUGAGGACCAUCUUCCGAUAUACCUGGAAUGCAGACCGCGGCAUCCCUCAGCGGGUCGCCUUUAUUCAUAUUCAGCACUGCCUCGACCAGUUACGCCAGGAUGUUAUGUGCAAUGCAGACGAUACGCCAAGGUACGCUGGUUUUCAGAAUCCUCCAGGAACAGGAGCGGGUCAGGUCAGGAUGUGUAAGGACUGGAAGAAGCUGGAGCAAUGGGCCAGAGACCGAACGGCUUGUUUCAAGCAUGAAGACGAAGUUCCGGGCAAGAUGAUUGACCGGUUCAAGUUUUGCCCAGACGGAAAGAUAUUAUGGCCGACGGAUAAAUCUAACUAA